UCGCUUUAAAUAAUUUAAUUUUAGGAAGUAAAGGACGGAAACAUUAAUUGUAACCUAAAGGGAAUAGCUUUAGGUGACUCUUGGAUUUCACCAGUAGACUCUGUAAUUAAUUAUGCACCUUUCCUUUAUAGUAUGGGAAUUUUGGAUAAAUGGAGUUUUAGAAAAGUUGAUAAAGUUGCACAACGACUACCUGAACUCGUUGAACAAGGAAAAUUUGCUGAAGCAUUUGGAAUUUGGAGAGGUGUAGAAUAUGAAUUAAAAGUAAAUACCUAUGGUGUAGACAUGUAUAAUGUACUUACAAAGAAAAAGGCAUCAGCAUCAGUACCAGAUCCAACUAAUUAUCCCGGACAAACUGGAGUACCCGCAAACGCAGAUUCCAAUCUUAAUAAAAUCAUGAACACACACGUCAGAAAAGCUUUGAACUUAACCAGACCAUGGGGAACCCAGAAUGAAGCUGUUUUUGAUGUAUUAACUGGAGAAAAGGGAGAUUUUAUGGCUCCUGUUGUAGAUCUUGUUGAAACCAUUUUGAACAAUACUGACAUAAAAGUAGCUAUUUUCACCGCACAAUUUGAUUUAAUUUGCAAUACUCCUGGAACUAUAGAUUGGAUAAAUAAAAUGAACUGGAAGGACAAAGAGGAUUGGAAAGCAUCUCCUAGAGUAGCUUUUUCUGAAGGCGAUCAUAUUGAAGGCUAUAUUAAAAAAUCAAAUAACUUUGCGUUAUACUGGGUUGAGAGAUCAGGACAUAUGGUCCCUGCUGAUAAUCCCUUAGGAAUGUAUUAUAUUCUUAAAGAUGUAACCAAUAAUUUUGAAGUGUAAAUAAAGAAUCAAAAUA